CUGAAGCAUGAUCGGUCCGUCGUGAUACCGGGUGACAAACUCAAAUUAAGAGGCAGGGUCGUCGUGCAUGCCCGAACUUCGGCUCUUGUCUAACGCUAUCGACACGAACGGCAGGCGCGUGUUAGCCACCCUCAGCUUCGGGAGUCACUGCAUGUCCACCCAUCUGAUUAGAUCCGUUCUCUGUCCUUUAUCAAAUACCCAGUCAGAGUAACAAACUACGCAACUUUGACGGUUACAAGGUCCCUCAAGAUGCCGAACGUCUUUGCUGUGCCAGUCUUCUUCAUUUGCUUCCGCGAAUGUCUGGAAACGAGCAUCAUCGUCUCGGUGCUCCUCGCCUUCCUUAAGCAAACCCUCGGUCCUGAACAUGAUGCGACAGUCCACAAACGACUCGUACGACAGGUUUGGUACGGCGUCGGAGCUGGUGUUCUGAUCUGCUUGAUCAUCUGUGCCGGCGUCAUUGGCACUUUUUACACUGCUGGACGCAAUGCCUUUGAAGCUGCAGAAAACAUUUGGGAAGGCGCCUUCGCAAUCCUCGCAAGUGUCAUCAUUACUCUGAUGGGAGCUGCUCUGCUCCGCGUUAGCAAGCUCCAAGACAAAUGGCGUGUGAAGAUCUCCAAAGUGUUGGAGCAAAAGGACUCCAAACUACCCAUCAAGGGUAGACUGAAGCGAUGGUCGGAAAAGUACGCCAUGUUCAUUCUGCCAUUCGUUACUGUGCUUCGCGAAGGAAUUGAAGCAGUGCUGUUCAUCGCAGGUGUUGGACUCGGUGCGCCAGCGACUAGCUUCCCUCUCGCCGUACUUUGCGGUCUCGGUGCGGGUGCCUUGGUUGGGUUUUUCAUCUACAAGGGCGGCAACAAAACUUCUCUACAAAUCUUCCUGGUCAUCUCGACGUGUUUCCUCUACCUGGUCGCAGCAGGUCUGUUCUCGAAGGGUGUCUGGAACCUUGAACAGAAUGCCUGGGUUAAGCUCGCUGGCGAGGGUGCUGCAGAAGCUGGUGCCGGUCCGGGUAGCUACGAUAUCAGGAAGAGCGUGUGGCAUGUCAACUGCUGCUCACCAUUGGAAAAUGGCGAUGGCGGUUGGGGUAUCUUCAACUCCCUUUUCGGUUGGCAAAACAGCGCAACCUACGGCUCCGUCAUCUCGUACAACCUGUACUGGCUCGUCGUCAUCAUCGGUUUCGCCUUCCUAGGUUGGAAAGAGAGCAGGAUCAGCCCGCCUCAUAGCGCGCAAUCCGAGAGCAUUGCUUCCAGCGAAGAACGCGAAACCACAGGAAAGAAGACCAGCGGUGAAGGCAUCACAGUCGCGACUACCGUGAGCGAGGUGAAGUAGACGAGAUGAGAAAUCAUUCAGUCGAAUCCCAUGGCUGUGUAACUGUGUUGAGCGUAUUUAUAGAUCUAGUGGGAGGCCUCGUUGACAGCUAAUUGGAACGGAUGAGGGAAAAAGCUUGUUUGGUCCAAGGUGGGGCUAAUGCAAUCCACCCUAAACGAGGCCUAGGCCGUGUCCCUCGAGAUAACCGCCCCCUGAAUAUCAUCCGAAACACCUUCAGAUUGUGGCCCUCAUUGCAGUUUUUAACAUGGAACGCGUGUCGUUGAUCUUUUGCUGUGGGUCCCGAUGAAUGGUUUGCGUUGAACUGACGAUCAUGUUGGGGACUGUUUGACAGAUCUUCAGCUUACUGCAAGGCGCUCAACGGUUUUCGUUACUAAAAACAAAAACUACGCAUGCGCAGACAGCGAG